UUCGCUCGGACCAUCCAUGGCACCCGCACCCACACCUCUGCCCUACACAGCACCUAGUCAUGCUCGCCACAACUGGGCCACGGCUAGCUCCUGGUGCAUCUCUCACCUCGCGUCUGAUUGCCUCUGCUCUACCGCAUAUCCCAAACCAUGGCUUCACACCUUCUGCCGUCCUAGCAGGGGCUCGGGCGUCAGAGUUUCGACUCAAGGCGCCCCUAGACGCUCUCACCAUUGACAGGCUCUUCCCCGGCGGGCCCACAAGUCAAACAGCUAUCCCUCUUCGUCUGUUGAAGAGGUGGGAUGCUAUGCAGCUCCAAGCAAUGAGAUCUCAUUUCCACGCCAUAAAGGAGAGAUCCGGCGGGGGAGGACUAGGAAGCAAGGCUGGGGAGGGGAGCAAAAGAACCUUUGGCGAUGCUCUUACCCUCUUGCAAGAUUCGAUCCCAAAUCCCCUGCCUCUCCUUGCCAGAGCAGGGCAGAUCGCAGAUGAAAGUUGUACAAUUGCUAACCACGACGAAGGAUUCGGGCCUCGCUGGUAUACCUCUCGGGGUCGUCUUGCUAUAGCGUACCUGCUCAGUGCCUGAGCAGCAAUGAAGGACCCACCCUUGUGUCGGACCUGCAAGCAGGCACCUCGAGCGCAACACAAUGGAUGGAGUGGGGAGGGAGGGGCUGGAUCGGAAUCCUGAGGAGCCAAGGACUAGGAUGAGG